AUGUGGAGCUGCAACGAUUUCCGUGUCGUGGUAACCGCUGCUGCGGUUGUCGUUGUGCACGUGACGACAGCGAAAUCAUCGUCGUCGUCGAUCUCUAGUGCUAUUUGCUACGACGUUACCGAGUGCCACGUGAAUGGGUCGCCGUCCAAGAUGUGUGACCGCACAGGGAAGGGAUGCCAUCCAUGCCUCAGUGACCGAGAGAACGACUCGCUCUUUUCCAUGUUACAUUUGAAAGCCGAGUACAACUGCUUUGCGGUCAGAAAUGACGGCGAGUGUCCAAGCGGCACGACCAAGUGUGCUACAACUUUGACAAAGGAAGACGAAGACGUAGAGCAAGCACAAAAGGAAGACGAAGACGCAGAGCAAGAGGAAAAGGAAGUGAAAUUUACGACAGGGUCGGCGGAGGCUGAAAGUCCGGAACAGAAUCCUUUCUCGUCCUUGCUGGCUAACUUGACUAAGGACGAAUUGGAUUCUUCCGGCAGCGCUUUGUCCGAACCGACGAGCCUUAACUCUUCUUCCAUGACCAAGCACGGGACCCCGCUUGCACCCAUCGAUAGUGCCAGCGGGAGCUCCGCCACGUCCGGAGCAAAAAAAAAAUCCACGACCGAGGAGCCCAUGAAGCCAGUCUCCAAGAGUUUGCCGUUGUCGUCGUCUCCGAGCAGUGAUGACUCAUCUGAAGAAGCAUCUAGUGCCUCCGCCAGCGCCAAUUCUGAGUCCUUAUCCAAGUCUUCUUCAGCUCAGGAGUUGGACUCAAUAGUGCGAACCUCUGCUGAAACCUUUGGAUCCGAGGAAGAGCUUGCCGACAAUGUGAGUGAGACGGUGGCCCCGGUCACGAAGUCAACGACAACUCAGUCCACCAUCAGGGACACGGCACUUAGUGAGAAAAACAGAUUGACAAACGGCGCACCCGACUCGACCCCGGGUACCGGCAUCAACUUUGGCUUGAUCCUGGGUAUCGUUGGUGGUGCUACUGCGAUAGCAGCCGUCGCAGCUUUUGUCGUUUGGAAAAAGAAUGAGGGUGGUGAUGAUUCGGACGAUGAAGAAGCAGCGUUCUCUCCCAGCAAGCCAGCUUCGACCCAUAAAGCGACCGCGCUACCAUCUGCAUCGUCAGCAACGACAGCGUAUUCAGCUCACACGAGCUGCUUCGAAAGCGACAAUCUCGAGUACCAGUACGACAAUGAUCAGCACCACAAUUACGGCGGCGGCGGCUACGGUGGCAAUGGCUUUCCAGGCGCCACGGCAACGCAGUACGCUGAUGGUGGAGGAGUUGCACCUGGAACGUUACCAGUCAACUACGGCCACCCGUUUCCCAUCGACAUCGAUGACGAUGACAACAAUAUACUGCGCCGAACAGACAGCAUUCUGGGCGGAACGGGUGUCAUGGCUAGCACCACAUCGAGUUUGCACAAUCCUUUCGAGUUCACCGCCGGUUCGAGUUAUGCCAUGAGCGACACUGACCAGGACUUACGGGACAGUGGCGAUGAACUCCAUGGAGCCAGUACUGUGUCCGUGGAGUUUUAG